UCUCGGUUGCAACUCCUUGGAGCAGGCAGCUCUCUGCCUCCUGUCACUUUGUGCAGCUCACUCACCUGCCCGGAUCAGCCCAUUGCAGCUCUCCUCCUGAGCGAAGUUGACUUCCAUUUCACUUUGAGGUGAAAGAUUUCAUGAAGCAAAAAUGAUUGAAACUCGGUCACGCUACAUCAUCAACCGUCCAGCUUAUUCUAGCAACUACUUUGAUGAAGAGUUUGACAGGAAAAGUAGAAGUUACCCCCUUGGAGAGAAAAUAAAGAGUCUUUUCAGAUGUUCACCAUCCAGACUCAAGCUCAUCCUUUACAGUCUAUUUCCCAUACUUGUAUGGCUUCCAAAAUACAAAAUCAGAGAUUACAUUGUGCCUGAUGUCCUUGGUGGAGUAAGUGCUGGAACUAUUCAAGUACCUCAAGGCAUGGCUUUUGCCCUGCUGGCCAACCUACCUCCAGUCAAUGGGCUCUAUUCUUCUUUCUUUCCUUUGAUUACCUAUUUUUUGCUAGGAGGUAUUCAUCAGAUGGUCCCAGGUACAUUUGCAGUCAUCAGUAUUAUCGUAGGAAAUGUCUGCCAUGAGCUGGCUCCGGAUUCUGAAUUUCAAUACUUUAACCACACAGCCAAUGAAAUUAUGGUUAACAACACAGCCAUGGAAGCAGCCAGAUUGGAGAUCUCUGCCACCUUGGCUUGUCUGACAGCCAUAAUACAAAUAUGCCUAGGAUUUGUGCAGUUCGGCUUUGUAGCCAUCUACCUUUCAGAAUCCUUCAUUAGGGGUUUUAUGACAGCAGCUGGUCUACAGAUCCUAAUCUCGGUUCUCAAGUAUAUUUUUGGUCUGAAGAUUGAAGCCUACACAGGACCCCUUGCCAUUGUCUAUACAUUUAUUGAUAUUUGCAAAAACCUGUCGAAAACCAAUGUGGCUUCCUUGGUGUUUGCUCUGAUCAGUUCUGUGCUUCUCAUCAUUGUGAAAGAGCUAAAUAUGAAAUAUAUGAAGAAGAUUCGAGUCCCAAUUCCCAUGGAGAUCGUUAUAGUCAUUGUGGCUACAGUCAUUUCUGGAAGCUUUAAUAUGCCUAAGAAAUAUGACAUGCCAAUUGUUGGACCUAUUAAUAUGGGGUUUCCAUCUGCCACACUUCCUCUAGUGGGCAAAUGGAAAGAUAUGAUUGGCCCAGCUUUUUCACUUGCCAUUGUGGGCUACGUGAUCAAUCUAGCCAUGGGCAGAACCCUUGGUAACAAGCAUGGCUACGAUGUGGACCCAAAUCAGGAAAUGUUGGCCCUGGGCUGCAGUAACUUUUUUGGAUCCUUUUUUAAAAUCCAUGUGAUCUGCUGUGCGCUUUCAGUCACCUUAGCUGUGGAUGGAGCUGGUGGAAAAUCUCAGGUGGCAAGUUUUUGUGUAGCAUUGGUGGUAAUGAUGACCAUGUUGUCUUUGGGAAGCUAUCUUAGCCCUCUUCCAAAGGCUGUUCUAGGAGCUUUGAUAGCUGUAAAUUUGAAGAAUUCUCUCAAGCAACUGACUGAUCCAUAUUACCUCUGGAAAAAAAGCAAGUUGGAUUGUAUGGUUUGGGUGGUGAGCUUCCUAUCAGCAUUCUUCCUAGGCUUGCCUAUUGGACUCGCUGUGGGAGUGGGUUUUUCCAUCCUAGUGGUAGUUUUCCACACCCAGUUUCGCAAUGGUUCUGUCCUCGGCCCUGUAGCUUCUACUGAUAUAUAUAAGAACCCCAAAGUCUACAGCAAGGUUCAAGAAAUAGAAGGGAUUAAAAUUGUCACCUACUGCUCCCCAUUAUAUUUUGCUAAUUCAGAAAUAUUCAGAGAGAAAGUUAUCGCAAAGACUGGUGUGGAUCCCAUCAAAGUCUACUUGGCCAGAAAAAAGUUUGUGAAAAAUCAAGAAAAGGUGACAGCAGUACAGAAAACAAGCAAAUUCAAAUCUAUCUUCAGAAAAGACAAGGUAACCAAGCAAUUAUCUAGAUUAGUGGUCCCCAACCUUUUUAUCGCCGCGGACCAGUCAGCCUUUGAUAAUUUUACCCUAUGUACCAACUAUCAAAGGAUUGGGAUUAAGGUCUUUCUUGCAAAUAUACCUGCUCAAGUGUACGAUGAUAUUCGCAUUGGUGGAGUCUUUGAAGAAGGAGGUCUUGAGCCUUGUCACCUCUUUGUGUCCAUCCAUGAUGCUGUUUUGUUUGCAACAAUGAACAGCAGCAGAGCUCCUUGUCAUUCUGUCCUAGAACAGAGGUCAAAUCAGAUCGAAGUCUCUGUUUCAGAUGAAUCUCUGGAAGAUAGCAGUGCUGAAUUCCAAAAUUUGGAAGAGGAAAUGUUUGGAAGCAUUUUUCAUUCGGAAACACAAACAGCGCUGUGAGCAACUCAGGAACAUUCCUGUGAUAGCAAAUUAUUUGUUUAUGAUGUUUUCUUAUGAAGGUUCCUGUGUCUGAAUGGCAAGGGAGAUGGCCUUUCUAGCAAGGGGCCAUGGGUGCUUCUAUAGCACUGAGGACAGAAUGUCUCUCGGACCUGGUAUUCUCUUCUAUAAUUCCUCUUGGAUUAUGAACCUCAGAGCACUUGACUCUUGAAACAGUUGACAUGGAAGGAAGAAACUCAGGGAAUAUAUUUCAUCCAUCUAGAAGAAGCAGAAGGAUAGCUUGAAUAUCUCUUCUUACACUGUUUAUUUAUGGAGCCAUAAGUAUGCAUGUAGCAGGCAUGCAUAUCUACUAAUUCUCCAGCAUUGUUCUUAUGAGGGAAAACAAAGGAAAAUACGGAAAAUGUUUGAUUGCCAGAUAAAGUGCUCACAAAUUGCGGCAGUUUCAGUUCACAAGGAGGGGCGAUUGUUUCGUUGCAUAGACUCCACACUAAACACAAGUAUGAUGAUGCCUAGCCUUCUUCUAAUUCUGUUCAUUGCAACCUACUACUAUAUUUCUUAUACAUCAUUAACAUGUAUUACUAUAUUGCCUAGAAGUAAUACUUCCUUUUUCAUUAUAAAUGACAUCUAUCUCUGAUCUUUUUCUCUCUCUUCUGAAAAAUGUGUUUAUGUUUAGAGGAUGAAAAUAUUUCAUGUACAUAAAGCAUUUCUAAUGUUCUUUGAAUUUUUUUCAAAAUUAAACUUAUUUGACAUAGGUUUAAUUAAACAAAACCAAAGAAGAUACAUUAAUUUAUUCUAAUACAGGUAGUCCUCGACUUAUGUCCAUAAUUGAGGCCAAAAUUUUUGUUGCUAAGUGAGACAUUUGUUAAG